AUGCUUCGUCUCGGGCUAUCAGGCCGCUACGUCACCCUCGCUGCGUUUUCUGUGGUCAUAAUCCUUGGAGUGCUUUAUGCAUUUGUAUCUCGCAUCUACACCUGCCGCUUACUCUAUCUACCAACAUCUCAGUCUCAAAUACCACGAUGUCGACCCGCAGAGCCUCCGGUUACCAACAAUAGUGAUAGUGACAGCGCCAGAGUUGGAGAUAUCCCAUGGCAGUUUGUGACACAGCGGGACGGAGAUAACUAUGGCUUGAGCAGGGCGCAAUGUCAAAAGGCGUUCCCGAAACUUUAUGUUGAGAUUGAGAAGGCAGUUGUGGCGAGGAGAGGAAGGAAUAUCACGCUUGACGAACUGAAUUCUGAGCCAUUGAAGCAUUCGAUGGUUAGGGCUAUGAUAUACCAAGGGGAGCUUUCUAUCAUCAAUUUCGAAGAUAUGGCAUUCACAUUCACGCGGGCAAAAGCGUCAUUGCACUCCUUGAACCGCGCACUGAAUGCUAUACCAAACCGACAAGAAAUACCUAACAUCGAAUUCAUCUUCACAGCUGAAGACUUCCACGACGAUCCACAUCCAGUCUGGGUUUAUUCCAAACGGGAAAGUGACAGUUGGGCCUGGCUCAUGCCUGAUUUUGGCUACUGGUCAUGGCCAGAAAUAAAGGCAGGCCAAUACCGCAGUGUUCGCAAGCGCAUCGCCGCCAUCGAUGAAGGUACCACCAUAAACGGCAAAACACAACAAGCUCUGAAAUUCCAGGAUAAAAAAAAGCAACUCCUGUGGCGCGGUAACCUCGAAACAGCCCCCGAGCUCCGCCAGAGUCUCGUCGACGCUACGAAGGGGAAAUCCUGGGCCUCUGUUCGCGCUCUCGACUGGGCGAACGAGCAGAGCAUGCGGGAAGAUUACAUCCCCAUUGAGGACCAUUGCCGUUAUAUGUUUCUUGCCCACGUCGAAGGACGCAGCUACUCAGGACGCGGGAAAUAUAUUCAAAACUGCCGCUCCGUCUUCGUCGCGCACCAACUCACCUGGCGUGAAGCACACCAUCCCGCUCUCAUCGCCACAGGUCCAAACGCCAACUACGUCAAAGUGAAGCGGGACUUUUCUGACUUAGAGUCGAAAAUUCACUACCUGCUCGACAAUCCUGACGUGGCGGAGAAGAUCGCAGAGAACUCAGUGCGAACGUUCAGAGACCUAUACCUGACACCGGCGGCAGAGGCGUGCUACUGGCGCGAGCUGAUCCAUGCAUAUGCAUCCGUGUGCGACUUUGAACCGGUGCUAUAUACGGAGUCGGGUAGGAAUACGAAUUCCAUGCGAGGCGUGCCGUUUGAAUCAUUCGCGUUGGAUUGGAAGCUUCCUAAAUCGUGA